AUGGUGUCCCUCACGCAUGCAUUCUCGACGGCCCUCCUCACACUGCUGGUGGGCCAGUCGGCUGCCUUGAGCUUUCUCCCCGGCAUCAAGGCCAACAGUCUGCAACUCGCCUCGGUACUAGGUAUCGAUGGCCAUACCGCCAGGUUCAAUCCUGAAAAGAUCGCAGAGACCGCUAUUUCUCGCAGUUCAGGCUCGGAGGUCCCCGCCCGGUGGAUAUCGAUUCCAAUUGACCACGAGGAUUCAUCUGUGGGCACCUAUCAGAACCGCUACUGGGUUUCAGCGGACUUCUACAAGCCCGGUGGUCCCGUCUUCGUACUCGAUGCCGGUGAAGGCAAUGCCUACUCCGUAGCGCAAUCGUAUCUCGGCAGAUCGGAAAACUUCUUCGCGGCGUACCUGAAGGAAUUCAAUGGACUUGGUCUUGUGUGGGAGCAUCGUUACUACGGGGACUCCCUGCCCUUCCCCGUCAACACUAGCACCCCCAACGAGCAUUUCAAGUACCUCACCAACAGCCAGGCACUAGCUGACCUUCCUUACUUCGCUGAGAAGUUCACUCUCAACGGGACGGACUUGAGCCCCAAGUCCACUCCCUGGAUCAUGCUCGGUGGCUCAUACCCGGGCAUGCGCGCGGCGUUCACCCGCAACGAGUACCCGGACACCAUCUUCGCCUCGUUCGCCAUGUCUGCGCCCGUCGAAGCCCGGGUCAACAUGACCAUCUACUUCGAGCAGGUCUACCGCGGCAUGGUAGCCAACGGGCUCGGCGGCUGCGCCAAGGACCUCAAGGCCAUCAACGACUACAUCGACAGCCAGCUCGACAAGAAGGGCCACGCCGCCGACGACAUCAAGACACUCUUCCUCGGCAAGGAAGGCAUCCACAACUCCAACGGCGACUUCACCGCCACGCUCGGAAGCAUCUACAACCUAUUCCAGAGCUACGGCGUCGAAGGCGGCGAAGAAAGUCUCUCCCAGCUUUGCAGCUACCUCGACAAAUCCGCCAGCCCCAACGGCAUCGCCCGGAAAGUCGGGCCCCAGGCCCUGACCAAGAAGUUCGCCGCCUGGCCGCCGUUGCUCUCCCUCAUCAACCAGUGGGGCAGCUCCGUCGGCGACGGCAACUGCAACUGCAAGGGCCAGGACAAUUCCACCGCGACCACCUGCGAGCUGGGCGGGCAGUUCACCGACCCGGACACCAUCAGCUGGACCUGGCAGUACUGCACCGAAUGGGGCUACCUCCAGGCCGACAACGUGGGCCCGCACUCCCUGCUCUCCAAGUACCAGUCGCUAGCCUACCAGCAGUCCCUGUGCUACCGACAGUUCCCCGGCGCGCAGAAGAGCGGCCUGCUCCCCAAGCACCCGGAGGCGAACGAGACGAACGCCGAAACAGGCGGGUGGACCAUCCGUCCCUCCAACGUCUUCUGGAGCGCGGGCGAGUUCGAUCCCUGGCGGACGUUGACGCCCCUGUCGAAUGAGACCUUUGCGCCCAAGGGCGUGCAGAUCUCCACCAAUAUCCCCAAGUGCGGCGUCGAGACUCCCGAGAAUGUGCUCUUCGGCUAUGUCAUCCCCAGGGCCGAGCAUUGCUUCGACUACGACUUGAGUUACAAGCCGGCGGAUAAGUCGCGCAAGUUGUUCAGCCUGGCUUUGAAGAAGUGGCUCCCAUGCUGGCGGGCGGAACAUGCUCCUAAGGGAGUCCAGCGGAAGUGGAUGUAA